CGCCGGGAGGCGCGCGAAGGGCGGGGGGGAAAGCGCGGGCGCUUCCGGUCUCCAUUUUACGCCGCCGCCCGAGCCGGACGGAGGUCGGGGCGGCGCCGCCGCGCGCGGAGGGGCCCAGCCCGGGCGGCGCCAUCGCGGCAGACCCCAGCUGCCACCCUGCCCACAGUGUGAGCACCAGGACCAAGAUGGGCUCCCCCAGUUUCCCCAGGGAGUUCGCCCCCGGACGCUGAAGACCCACCUCCCUGGAGCACCUGGAGGUUCAAGCUUCAUCUCCCUGGGAAGAAGAGAGGGGGUAGGGCUGCCCCCCCCCCCCAAGCAGCAUGGACCAAAGCAUUGUGGGUCAGCCCGUGACCCUCAUCAUUAAAGCUCCUAACCAGAAAUACACCGACCAGACCAUUAACUGCUUUAUGGACUGGACUGUGGGCAAGCUAAAAUCCCACCUCUCUAAAGUCUACCCCAGUAAGCCGUCUACAAAGGAUCAGAGACUGGUGUAUUCUGGCAGACUGCUUCCUGAUCAUCUGCAGCUGAAAGAUGUUCUCAGAAAACAAGAUGAAUAUCAUAUGGUUCAUCUGGUAUGUACUUCCCGGACACCCCCAAGUUCUCCAAAACCCAGCACCAGUAGAGAAGGUCACGGAGCUUCAACCUCCAGCAGUAAUUCUAAUUUGGAACGUUCUGGAUCAACUGCUGCCUCACCCACAAACCAAGAAGCUUCAUCUACAUCUUUGAACACUAGUGCAGAUGGAGUGAGGCAUCGUAACCUUCCACAAGCACAAAGCAAUCCCAUACUAAGCCACCAGUUCCCUUAUUUAAUGCAAGGAUGUCCUGGUUUACUACAGUUCACUACAUCAAAAUCUUUGGGGAAAGAGUUGGAAAUCUUGCCAAAACAUGCUAUGUACUCUAGGAGCAAUUUAGGCAACCAGUUUCCAGGCCAGGGUGUUCCUGCUGGCUUUUCUAUGUAUCCUGCAUUCAGUCCCUUACAGAUGAUCUGGUGGCAACAAAUGUAUGCACGUCAGUACUACAUGCAAUACCAAGCUGCUGUUUCAGCCCAAGCAACUCCCAGCACUGUGCCAGUGAGAUCUGCAGUUGCCCAGCCCGUAAAUUCAGAACGUGCUCCUGCAAAUGAGCCCGCAGCAGCGCCAAAUGUAGCCGUCCAGGAGAACAGGCCUGUAAACGCGAAUGUUCAGAUGAAUGCACAGGGUGGCGCGGUGGUGAAUGAGGAGGAAUUCAACCGGGACUGGCUGGACUGGAUGUACACGUUCUCUAGAGCAGCAAUUCUGCUGAGCAUUGUAUACUUCUAUUCUUCCUUCAGUCGAUUUGUCAUGGUAAUGGGAGCCAUGCUGCUGGUUUAUUUACACCAAGCUGGAUGGUUCCCCUUUAGACAAGAGGGAGGGCAGCAGCAGGCAGCCAAUAACAUGGAAGUAAACCGUGAUGGGCAACAUGCAAAUAAUCCUGAUCUUGAAGAAAUGGAACGACUUAUGGAUGAUGGCAUUGAUGAAGACAGUGGAGAAGAUGCAGGUGAAGAUGCUAAUACAGAGCAACAGCCUGGAUUCAUGGCUUCUGCUUGGUCUUUUAUUACAACCUUCUUCACAUCACUCAUCCCUGAAGGGCCUCCACAGGUUGGCAAUUAAAGUGGAAAAGAAACUGUGCCAGGCAGCCUCAGUAGCCAUAUGUAGAAGUGGAGCAGAUUCUAGAGUGUUUUAAAUACAGUGCAAUUUCUGAAAAUUUAUAAUGUUCUCUUUGUUCAUGGUGUACAAAAAUGUGUAUUUUUUUCUUUUGGCUUUCUCAUGCAUUCACUAUUUUAAGCACAAGUGGACUACUAAAUGCUUUCUUUAAGAUUCUUCUUUUUCUGAAGAAUGAAAUGUAAAGAUAUUGGUCUUCCAUGUUUUAUUUUAAUUUCAAUGUAUAUUAUACUGAGGCAAAAGGCUUGUACUUAAUCUGCACCAUUACCUCUUUAAAGAGCUGUUAAAAAUAUGAAUGUUGAUAGACGUUUCCAAACGCUACCAAUUCAUCUGAAUAACUUCAGUGUAUCUUGUGUUACUUUUAUGCUGGGUAUGAAUUAUCACUUGGGGUUUGGAGUUUGUCAUUCCUGAAGGAAUGCUGUGAAAACAAGGAUUACAUGUUAAUGGUGUGUUGUCUUCAUUCCACAAAAUGCUAAGCGUCUUCUCAUACAUCUAGAAAACUAAAAGCUUUUUCUUGAGGUUAUACUGAAGUUCAUUAAAUCUGGAGUUCUUUGACAGCUCUUCAAAGACAACUGACAGUGAUGGGAUGAAUCUUAAAUGUUUGAUACAUACAGUACUUUUUAAGAAAAAUAUAGCUGCACUGGGGGGAAAAACAUGUACAUUAGGGUUUUUUAAUAAAAACUGUUGUGGUAACUCUUUUGGAUGCUUAUAUGCAUAUUUGAAUGCAAAUAACUAAAUAGUACAUCAUUAAGGAUGAGGAUGUGGUUGAUUUGAGUGGAAUAAAGUUAUCAUGGUGGCAUUACUGAUAUUGACUAAAGUGGUAUCUUUCUAGCAGAGCAUACGCAUAUGGUAUGAUCAUACAGGUAUUAUCUCAGCCGUAGGAUAUCUCUAGUCAUAAACUUAAUUAAGCUAAUUAAAACCGAGAAAAGGAAAAUUGUAUAUGAGAUGAUAACACAGUGCUACUGUCAGGUUUUCAGUUGCUUUCUUUAGAUUUUAAUCACAGUCAAGAAAUUUCAUUUGGUUUUGUUCCUAGUUCAGAAGUGUAUUAGCUUCAUCUAUAGCUACCAGUGUGCAAAGACAAGACCACUAAGGCAAGGUUAAAUAAGUAUGUUUUAUUGUUCAAAUAACCUAUUACACCCAUGUACGUAAACUUAUCAGAUUAUUGACUCAUGAAUUGGUGUCAUCUCACUGAGCAGGAGAAGGAAAUGGAGCAUGGUGCUUAGACAAUCAGAGUCGAUAGGUACUGCACCUUCAGGGCCUCUCCAGUAAAAAGGUGUGCAUGUAGUCCUUCUUCCCGCUUACCUGCCUAGCCCAGCUCCUUUUAUCAUCCUCGUGGGGACUGGAAAAGGGUUAGCAGCAUCACCCGCCCCUUGCAUGGCCAGCACAUGAGCAGGCUCAGUGCCAGCUUGUUUGUCCCACACUAAUAGUGAUUACGACACCAGGACCUAUUCCCAUAACACCUUUCCUGGCUACUUGUUUGCUUUGGGCUCUGCUUCAAGGUCUUGUAAAUACCAGGCAGUUCCAACCGCUUUUCUACUACUUUUUUUUAUCUGUUUCCCUGCCUGUUCCUUGCCUAGUUAAGUACAAAUAGUCACAUACUUUCUCACCGCAAGCUGGCUAAAAGUUAUUGCUUAAGCUAAUUCACUACUUUAAAAUUCAAAUGUAUGAUACUUUAUGUAUAUAUAUGUAUAUAAUUUGUCUAUACAGCAUGUCCAACAAUGGACCGA